GGGAUCCCGGAGCAAUGCUGCAGGUAAUUAACCUCCUUGGCGGUAUUCCCGAGUGUAGCUCGGGGUAACAUUUCAGUACCAAAAGCGGUAACCCCGAGCUACACUCGGGAAUACCAUGCGGCGCUGCUCCGGCAUGUGUUCUUCACUUACCUUACCCUGCGCUCCCACGAUGUGUCCCCUGCAGCGUCCUCGGCCAUCUCCUCCGGCCGAUGCCGGCAUCCGGCUUCUGUGUCCUGUCCCUGUGACGUCGGGACGUACGGGCGCCGCCGCCGCCGGCGGCGGGAAAUUUAAAAAUUUUAAAAAA